UGUACGUUCUUUUAAACUUUCCGGAUAAAAAAAACUAACAUGCUCGCAACUCACUUUAAGAAAUAUUAUUCAAUUAAAUGAUACGGUAACGGUUGAAUUAUUGUUUAGACAGCUUAGUAUACACGGUAAACAUUUACAAUAAAAAACGUUUUAUUUUUAUUUUUUUAUACCAUAGUAUUUUAUUGUAACUGUGCAAGUGGAGGACGGGUUAUUGAGCGACACAGGAGGAAGCUACUUUUCAGUCUCGGAAGAUUUGAAACAGACUCAAUUUUACUAACAAACGAAGAUAAUCAAAACAUCAGCUGUAAAAUCGUCUUAUAACGUGCAUUUGGAACAAGGAGAAAUAUGGCCGACAAACCUUUGAGAGUAUUGGCGUGUGGUGAUGUUGAGGGAAGAAUCAAUGUCUUAUACAACAGAGUGAGGGCUGUCCAGAAAAAAAGCGGGCAAUUCGACCUGUUGCUGUGUGUGGGAGACUUCUUUGGUAUGACAUCAGAAGCAGAGGCUGAAUGGGAAGAAUACAAAACGGGAACUAAAAAAGCUCCCAUACAAACGUACAUCCUCGGAGCUGCGGACCAAGAUACAGUGAAGUGCUUCCCAAGUGCGGACGGCUGUGAGCUGACAGAAAACAUUACUUACUUAGGACGCAAGGGGGUUUUCACAGGGGCGUCGGGGCUGCAGAUUGCCUAUCUCAGUGGCAGGGAGGCUCAGCGGGAGCCGGCCCCAGCUUACUGCUUCUCUCCCAAGGACGUGGACUCGCUGACAGCCCCUCUGGUAUCCAGCUCCAAGUUCAGAGGGGUCGACAUCCUGCUGACAUCACAGUGGCCCAGGGGAGUGUGGCAGUAUGGGAAUAAUCCGGACGUGGAUACCAGGUCUUGUGGCGCUUCCUCCGUGGCACACCUGGCAGAGCAGCUCAAGCCGAGGUAUCACUUUGCUGCUCUGGAGGGAACGUACUAUGAAAGACUGCCUUACAGGAACCACAUGGUGCUCCAGGAAAGUGCCCAGCAUGUUAGCAGGUUCAUCGCCCUGGCCAACAUCAACAACACCAGCAAGAAAAAGUAUUUGUAUGCCUUCAGUAUCGUCCCAAUGAAAAGCAUGGACGCUGCAGAGCUGGUGAAACAACCACAAGAUGUGACUGAAAACCCAUACAGAGCACCAGUGAAAGAGAUGCAGAAAGAGAGAGAGAGAGCCAAACCCAGCACCAUGCUAGAGGAUGAAGCAGCGCCCCAGUUUUUUUUUGAUAUGAGCAGCAAGCAGCAGGGCAGGAAGAGACACUCCGAGGGGGGAGGGCACUCCCAGCACAAACAGCCAAGGAAACCCCCCCAGCCCACAGGGCCAUGCUGGUUCUGUCUCGCCAGCCCCGAAGUGGAAAAGCACUUGGUUGUCAGUAUCGGGACACAUUGUUACCUGGCCCUGGCGAAGGGCAGCCUGACGCCCGACCACGUGCUGAUCCUUCCCAUCGGACACUACCAGUCUGUGGUGGAGCUCUCCAGCGAGGUGGUGGAGGAGGUGGAGAAGUACAAAGCAGCCGUCAAGAAGUUCUUCAAGAGCCAAGGCAGCCGCUGCGUCAUCUUCGAGAGGAACUACCGGAGCCAGCACUUACAGCUCCAGGUGGCUCCUGUCCCUGCGCAGUGCUGCACCACUGAAGAAAUCAAGGAGGCAUUCACUGUCCAAGCCCAGGAGCAGCAGAUUGAGCUGCUGGAAAUCCCUGAGCACAGCGACCUCAAACAAAUCGCUCAGCCAGGCACACCCUAUUUCUAUGUGGAGUUAGACACGGGGGAAAAGCUCUUUCACAGAAUCAAGAAGAACUUUCCUCUGCAGUUUGGAAGGGAAGUUCUAGCAAGUGAGGCUGUCCUGAACAUCCCCACCCGCGCAGACUGGAGGGAGUGCAAAUACACCCGCGACGAGGAGGAGUCGCUGGCCAAGGAGUUCAGAGAGAGAUAUGAACCAUACGAUUUCUCACUGCUGGAAUAGGACAGGCUCCCGAGCAGCGCUGCACCAACCCACUAUUCAAAUCGAGCUCUCCGCAGGAAUCGGGCUCACAAUCAGGGGAGGGUCUCUGGUGUCGAUCGGGAUGAUUCACCAUCCAGAGUGAAACAGGUGAAGAAACAGCUGCUGGGGUUUGUGAUGAUCGCUGCCUUUCUUACUCUCUGGAGAACAGCGAUCCUCACAAACCCAGGCAGCCGUUUUCUACUUUUCACCCUGAAUAGUAAAUUAGCUCGAUUUAUUAACACCAGCGAUGCUCACCUGUGGAGAGCUUAGCCCAAUAAUAGAUUAAUGCAGCUCUAUUUCAAAGUAAAGAUAGAGAAGCACUGGCACACUCGGGAUAGCAAACUUGUGUCUGUUCUUGUUAGGGACCAUACUGAACACUGUAUUUCAUUAACGAUAAAACUAUUAAGAAAUGCAAGAAGAUAAAGGCUUAGGCCGGUACCUCCUUCAGUGUUUAUUUAAAACCAAUACAUUGCAUUCCAUCGCCUUCUCCUGUUUUAUGCAUAGGGUUACCACAUGACGCCAUGCACACUAGGACGGUUGAGGCAUUUAAACUCGCAAUGCAUUCUGUCUUGACCUGUCUUGGGCACCCUUUACAGCAAGACUAAUCUAAUCAGAAUGCAAUCUCAUUAAAAUCCUCUUUCUGUUUUACAGGUAAAAAAUAUGCAGGAACGUGUUUCUGGAAAACUAAACUCAAAAUGUAGUGCUGGCUUCUUGUCUGCAGCAUUGUGCUUGAAACUGGGCCUGCCCUGUUCAAACAGACACAAAAGAAGCGGCUGUGUUAUCCAGAGAGGGCUUCAUCAGUGACCUGUUAUUACAGGGUUAAAGACAGGUUUCCUUGCCAAGCUUCAGACACAAUGCCACAGAAGACAGCUGGAGACACACCUCAAAUGAUAAUGUGUGAAAGGCAUAUUGCCAGCUCUCAGCUGACAUCAAAAUGUGUCUUUUUAUGGUUUGUUUUUUUCAAGCCCGUCAGGACAGAUCUGUUACUGGUUACCGUGAGUCGUCGUUUUCAUAUUUUCAAGGAAAGGCACAAGUUUGCUUUUGAGGGUCUCGGCACAUGUGAUCACAUGUGAUAAACUGAACUAAAAACAUUGGGUGAUCUUUUUAAAGGGUGUAUUCCGAGUACAAAAUAAACAUUAAAUAGCGCUUGUUUCAUGCAGAAGUAUUUUUCAGCUUUCAUUCAAUUGGUUUCUUUUUUUUUUUUUUUUUAAUCAAAUUUUCCAGUAAUUGUCAAGCACAAAUGAAGAGUAACAGACUAUGCUACAGAGAUACUGUGAAUUGAUCAGGCAAUCAGAAGACAGUUUUACUGAAUACUUUGACAUGAAACCAGCACUAAUGCAUUGGAUUAUUUUAAUAGGAAUCCAUCCUUUUUACCAGAAAUUGUGAAUUAGAAAGGUGUGAUACAUUCUAUAUGUUCAGUAAAAUAAUAAAUAACUAUUUUUAAUGGG